AUGCCGCGCACCGACCGCAUGGUGAGGUCGGGGUGGUUCGAGGCCUUUGUCGGGGGGCUCAUCAUGGCAAACGGUGUGACCAUAGGGUGGUCGAUCUCGCUGGACGACAGGGCCCCAGGUUACCUCGAAGUGCUGGAGCACAUGUUCACCGCGGUGUUCUGCCUCGAGGUCGUCCUGAGGCUGGCGUCGGCCGGGUGGACGUGGAUCUUCCUGGGCGCCAAUGCCUUGGAAGUCUGCAUCAUUGUCCUGACGGGUAUCGUCCCGCUUUGGAUAUUGAAGCCAGCAGGCUUCGAGAGCCCAGUCGUGCGUGCUCUGCAGACCCUGCGCGUGAUUCGCCUGAUUCGCCUGGUCCGCAUGGUGCGUACCUAUAAGGCGUUUCGCGUGUUGUGGGAGCUGAUAACGGGUGUGACGGAGACUCAGCUGACGCUGAUGUGGAUUUGGGUCACCUUGGGAUUCGUGACUUUCGUGUUCGCCGUGUUUGCUGUUCAGCUCAUCUACAAGUCGGCGACGUUCGCGGGCGACCCCGUGGCCGAGGAGUACUUCGGCGACGUGCCGAAGGCCAUGAUCACGCUCUUCCAGGUUACCACCUUGGACAGCUGGUAUUCAGUCGCGCGGCCCCUUAUGAAGAAGUCGGGCUGGGUUGGUCUCGGCUUUGUGGUCGCAAUCAUGAUCCUCGUGAUGGCGCUGCUCAACCUGAUAGUUGCAGUGAUCGUAAACAACUUCUUCGCGCGCAAGGAGCAGGACAGCGAGCUGCAGGCUGCGGACCAGGUUGCCAAGAAAGACAAGGCUGUCAGGCAGUUGCGCGACCUCCUGUCGAAGAUGGACGAGGACGGGAGCGGCAUGAUCUCCUACGAGGAGUACGCCAACGCGGUGAACUGCAGUGCGGAACUCCGCGACAUGCUCUCGGCCGAGCUGGGUAUAGGUCAUGGAGAUGAGCUGAGUGUCUGGGACGACAUCAUGCCCCGCAGCCGCCACGGGGAGAUCUCGAUCGCGGAGUUUACCCACAGCCUUCGCAUGAUGUCAGGCGAGGCGAAGGCGCGCGAGAGCUUCAGGAUAACGAGGCUCGCCGCGAAGCAGAACGAGAGGCUGAAGAGGCUGCAGUGGCGCAUACGGCACUCGGCCGAGUCGGCCCGGAAGCUGAGGAUGGAGUGCCAGGACGUCCAGGACGAGGUCUGCUUGCUCCUGCAGAGCUGCGGGGAGUUCGUCGGGUACGCUGGCCGCUGUGUCCCGGGGAAGCCCGCGCGCUUCUCCGAGGGCGACCUCGCCGAGCGCGUGGAGCAGCUGCAGGACCGGUGCGCGGCCGGCACGUCUCGCGAGGCGCUGCAGCGGUACAGGGCGAGGGACGCCGGUGCAAUCGCCCAGCAGGCGCGGUGA